UGAUUCUCUGUUUUUUCGCUGAUUCUCGAUUUCUCGAAUUUGUACGGUGAACCAGUGUAAGUGUUACCAGCUAUCCUGGAAUCUAACAAUAAUGCUGUAACGAGGAACUCAACGUAAGGUUUUACAAAAGUUCUGAGAUGCAACUGUUGGUACAUGGCCUGUGCUUUCUAUGGAUUACCAGUCUGGUAGUAAUUUCCAAAGUGCAGGGACAAUAUAUAGAGCUCAACAGCAGCAACUAUGUAUGGAGACAUUAUCCUGAUUCAUAUCGGAUUGAAGACAUAUUUCUUGUCUUUGCCACUGAAGAUGUUGAGACAUGCCUGGAUUGGUGUGCAGAUAAUAUUACAUGUAAGACCGUCGACUAUAAAAACGUAUCGUACCCGUCAUUUUGUUACUUUGGUAAUACCAGCCUGGUGAAUGGUGAAACAUUUAGUUUUGGAUAUAACCAGGACUUGUAUGAGAAGAGGAGUAUAACAUAUAACCAGGUCAAGGGUUUAACACUGCAGAGUUUGAAUGGUAAUGUGUCACUAAUUGGAACGGAAAUGUCAUUUGUAAUGUCUGUGAUAAACAUUGGCGAGACUCCUACAUUUACGUGGGACUUUGGUGGUGGCUUCCAGUUUGAAAUAUAUGAUCCUACCCUCAGUCUAUUGGGCAAAAACUCGAGUUACAACGACACUGUCUAUUACACGUUCCAUGAGGCUGGUAGCAAUGAUGUCAUAAUACAUGGGACCAAUCAGCAUAAGAAUGUAUCAGCCGUUGUAACGAUUGAAGUAAAGGGCAACUGUACAGCAGGAAACAUAACAUUCACAUUGAUUGACGAUAGUACGUUAGUUAACCCGACAAGUUUUCUUGCAAGAUUACCAAUACAUGUCACUGGCAUUGUACAGUUUGGUUGUGGACAUUCUUCUGUGGGGUAUUCAUGGCAACUGUUUAUGCUGAAUGACACGCAUCCUUAUCCAAAUUCUGCCAAUUUGAUAUAUCCAAAUGAUACUGAUGUGCAGAGACAUGAGAAUCAGUUGAGUGUUGCUGUGCUGGGGCUGGACUAUGGGGCUUAUGCGAUAACACUGGAAGCCACUGCAACUUACUUAGGGCUGACUGUUGGUGUGCUUUACAAACAGGGCUUCAUUAAAGUGAAACCCCUCCCACUGGUUUCUCUUAUCAAAGGAGGCUCAUCCAGAUCUGUUAAUACAAACGACACAGUUCACAUUGAUGCUAGUCUUUCUUAUGAUCCCGAUGUUGAUGUUCAACAAGACGAUGUUUUACGUUUUGAAUGGUCUUGUAGCAAAUUUCAUGGGAACUGUGAGCUACCUGGUUUGAGUAACUGUACAGAGGAGGCCUUUAAUGGCACCUGCAUAACUUGGUCCAGUGAUACCUCCCUUGUGUUAACAGAUAAUAACUUUACUGUACCUAAUAGUGCUUUAAACGAGAGUGACACUUAUGUGUUUACCGUGACUAUCAGUAAAGGCAGGAGAGACCCAGUGUCAUUCUCUCAAGUUAUCAUAGUCGUCCCUGCAGAGAAGCCAAAUGUCCAGGUCUUAUGCCUCCAGAAUUGCAAGUACAAGGUGACCUCUGAUAGCAAAAUCUCCAUGGCAGCCCAUUGUACUAACUGUCAACAACAGAGUGAUCUCAGCUUUGAUUGGUCAAUUGGUUCUCUUGGCUGCAACUUCACAAUGGACUGGGCUACAAUGAGCUUCACAGAGCAGUCCAGUCAAGCUGUAAGCUUCAAGCCAGGAAUAUUCCCAAAAGGAUGUAGCUUUAUACUCACUGUCACAGGUGUCAAGAAAAGUGGAGCAGGUCUGGAUUCUGGAUUUGCCUCUUUCGGGUUUACUACUAAUACGCCGCCUAUAGCUCCAUAUAGCUCUUGUACUGUGUUGCCAUCUAUUGGGGUUACUCUGUUUGAUGAGUUUGACAUUCACUGUGAGAAGUUCCAAGAUGAAGACAUCCCAGUUACUUAUGAAUUCUACUAUAAGAAGGAUUCUGACAAUGCAGGAUCUAUGCUGGGUUCCAGUGAUGCAUCAGAGUUACAGGGUGUUCAGUUAGCUCCUGGGGACAGUGCUAAUAACUACACAGUAGAGAUACAUAUUAACGCAACAGAUUAUCUUCAAACAACCACUAUGGAGGUUGUCACUCUGCAGGUCUACCCUUACCAUAUGAAGUCCACAGUGUACCCAAAUAUAACAGAAGAUGGAGAUGAUUUAGUAGAGAUGUUGACAAAUCUCACUGUAACAACCAAUGGCCAGGAGAGCAAGUUAGACAACCUCAUAGGAUCAGGCAAAAUUCAAGCUGCCAGUCAGCUUGUAUUGACAGUGUCUGCCAUAUUAAAUACGGAAUCCAAUGAGAACAACACGCUCACAAAAUCUACUUCAUUGGAGCAAAGAAGCCUGAUCCGUGAUUCUAUGGUGACAUCAGUAUCAAACUCAAGCAUAGAUGACCUGAAAGUGCUUAAACAGAAGGCAGGAGCCUUGCAUAGUGUUACACUAGAAAGUGGGGAACUUGCCUCUUCUGCUAAGUCCAAAGCAACACAUGUGUUUGAAGACUUGAGUAAAAUACUGGUGUUUAAAGUGGAGAGUAAAGAAGAUAUUAGUCCAGAAGUUAUUGAGAACAUUGCAAGUCUUAUCUUGUCUGGAGCUAGCAAUGUUAUGGAAGCUACUAUAAAAGCAACACAUCGACUUACUGGCAAGAAAAUGAUUAAGAGCUCUAAGCCACAACUGAAAGACACAAGGACCAUUGAGCAAGCAAGUAAACAGAUUAAGGAUAUCACAGAUACAACAAUGAAAGUAGUAAAGGAUGUUGCUGAUGUUGUGCUGAAGAACAAAGUAGUUGGAGAAGAAGCGACUGUUAUACAGACAGAGGCACUCUCUAUGACUGUAAUGCAGAGUCAGCCAGAGUCUUUAGGUAAUAAGGAACUAUCAGUUGGCUCACCACCAGAGGGAAGCACCCCUGCAACUAUUCUUCUUCCAAGUGCACAUGCACUUAAGGCAGCCCAGAUUGGGGCAACUGACAGUAAAGACAUCUUUGAUGAUGCCUACAAAUUAUACUUGUACCAGAUGGAGGAGAAUCCGUUCAUCUGGGAUGACACUGGUGACAAUGUGACCACUGAUCUGAUAGGGCUUUCAAUGAGGAAUUCACAUGGCCUUGCACUGAAUGUAGACAGCAUAGCAGAGGAUCUCACAAUACAUCUCCCCACAAGAGAUAUACCUGAGAUGGGGAGUGUCACCCUUACAGUACCAAUCCAGGAAAACUCAACCUUUAACACAUUCACCUUGCCAGAGUUCAAAGAUGAAGAUAUACUUGUCCUGAGGUUCCAUGUAACUAAGGGUGAAACUCCUGUCAUAAAGGUUCAACCUGUCAUGGAAAACAUCACUCUUAAGGUGCAUGUUAAAGAGGGUGAAAGACCAAAUAUGGAUGAUAUGAGGAAUGAAACCAUGACGAUACCAUGCAAUAAUGAGACACUCUAUCGAUCACGAACAAAUAAGACAGCUCAACCUAAUAUGAUAUAUCUGCCUAGAUCUGACAUUCAUAGAACAUUGUUCAUUGGUAUACUACUUGAUAAUGACACAGUGAAUGCAGAGUUUAUAGCAAGUUACAGUAUGAAUGGUAGGCCUGAGAAUGAAACUAAGGC